AUGAAUGACAAACUGGUCUUCUUGGGCCUGCUGUACUUUGUCCAGGGCAUCCCCUACGGCCUCCAGUCGUCCCUGCUUCCUGUCUACCUGCGUGGAGCCGGCCACUCUCUCACCCGCAUUGGCUUCACCAAGAUCCUCUACUUCCCCUGGGUGCUCAAGGUCCUCUGGGCACCUUUGGUGGACCGAGUUGGUACCAAACGUCGCUGGCUGGUGGGCACGGUUUCCGGCCUGGCUCUGACAUGCCUCUCCAGCGCUGCCCUGGCUCCAGAUGCUCACAUCUGGGGGGUAGCCAGCACCCUGUUGGCCAUGAACACUCUGGCCUCUGUUCAGGAUAUUGCUGUGGACGGGGCUGCUGUGGGUCUGUUGAAAGGACGUGGGGAGUUGGGCCUGGGCAACACGGCCCAGGUUGUGGGCUACAAAGCCGGGUCGGUGUUUGCCGGAGGCGGCCUGCUGGCUGUGAUCGACGUGGCCGGAUGGAGCUGGAUGUUCAUGUUGCUGACCUUUGUGUAUGCAGGCGUAGCACUGUUUGUGUGGGGGGCCCCUGUGCUGGAUGAUGAGACCGUGAGGGGCCAGCAGGCAGAUGGCAGCAGGAGGGGAGGCCCCGGGUCGGAUGCGAUGAGGCCGUGGAGGAUAUGGAGAAAGCUCCUCUCGGUGCCUGGCACCCCUUGGACAGUCCUGUAUGUGCUCACAUACAAACUAGGUGAGCAGGGUGCAGUGACCAUGUUUCCUCUUUUCCUGCUGGAUCAUCACAUGACCGCCAGGGAGCUCGGAUUCUGGAACGGAGUCAUCGCCAUGGGCUUCUCCAUCUGCGGGUCAUCUCUCGGAGGCCUGCUGCUCGCUCAGUUCAGCAUCGGCGCCUUGAUGCGGCGCGUGUUUGUCAUGCGAACCGUCAGUAUGGUUUUCCAGAGUUCUCUGCUCACCGUGCUGGAACCAUCGCCGCUCAUGAAAGGUAUGGCCGUCCUGAGCAUGAGCGUCCAGCACUUCCUGGGUGGCCUGAUCACCACGCUCACCUUCACCACCAUGAUGCACUGCACUCAGAGGGCCGAGGAAAGCAUUCAGGCGACCCACUACAGUUUCCUGGCGACUCUGGAGGUGCUGGGGAAGCUGACGUUCAGCGCUCUGGCCGGCGGCGUGGUGGACUGGUUCGGCUUCCAGGUUGCCUUCCUCUUCUUCCUCACCCUCUCCGCCGCGACGGCCCUGCAUGUGUGGACGGCGACCUUCACCGGUGCUCUCAGGGAACACCAGCUCAAAGAGCAGCCCAAAUGAGACCGGCGUGUCAAAUCCUGAGCUAAAGCAGGCGCUAAAGGGAAUACAUAGAAUUUGACUUCUGGCAUUGAUACACACGGAAAGUUUCCAACUUCAGAACAUAAUUUCAGUACGUUAGAUCUUGAAUAAGUUGACUUUCAGCCAUUUUUAAGGAGAAUCAGCCAUGCUGUUAAGUACUUUGGUGCGGUGCGCUUUAGUUUUUUAAUCAAACUGCACGGUCAUUUCACUGGCACAACUGGCCUUACUUUUUAUUUCUGUUUGUUGUUUGAAAUCACAGGAAAAGUCUUAAACUGCAUCACAGCCUGGAGAAACUUGCAGUGUUGUUCAGUAAGGAUGAUCAGCAUGCUCUAUGAAGAGGUUUAGUGUGGGAGAGGGCAUGUAGUGACAGUCGGAACUAAAGGGAAUUUUUUAUUUUAAAUCAUCUGAGCCAUUUUAUUGUUGUUACAAGCCAGCAAUAAGAGCUAUAGCCAAAAGCAAUAUCACUACUCUGCUUGUUCUAUCAUACUGUACUGUACAUGAAAACUGCUCUUCAUUCUCCUGAGUUGUGUGGUUUACAGUGGUUUAAUGAUGAAUUCUCUACUACCUCGUAUCAGCUCUGUAUGGUACGACGCGCAGAUGGCAAAAGUACCGUCACAGCAGCAGCAGGGUAGAGUUCGCACUCAUUCAUGACCAACAGUGUCGACGCAUCCGCCGUUUCCUCAGACGAAGCAAGUCCGCACUUACCGCACUUACAAACGCAGUUCAUUUCACGAACGCAAACCUUUUAUUCUAUUUAUACAGCCACUUAUUGAAUAUUUAGAUCUGCUUCCCUUGGUAAUUGAACAGGUUAGCCUUGACCUUUUAGCUGACCUCUCGUAGGAAACCUCAGCCUUACUCACUGCAUGGUGCCAUCUCGUCUCAGUUUUUGAGUCUCACUCAUCAAUAGUUAACUGAAAAAACUUGAAUGACCAACGUCACUGGGAAAUUGCGGCUCAUGAUAGCAUUGUAUUACUUUUGCGUUUCAUAUUUAAGAAUAUGCAUAAUGCACAAAUAUAUGUACUAUAAAUGACACUGUAACUCUCCUCUGUACUGUAUCCUAUAGAUCAUUUUCUCCUGGCGUGAAGUAUUAAUGAAACAGCAAUGUAGAAUGUUUUUUUUUUCUUCAAGGCUCUGUAAGAAUUAGAGUUAUAUCCAUGUAGCUGAAUGUAUUUAUAGGAACUGAAGUCUUAUAAUUGAUCAUUGAUGGGCAACAGGCAGAAAAGGCAGGUCUGCAGAUACAGCAGAAUAAAAGAGCAGAUCAUCGACCGACGCGCCACAUCAACGAAGGUUUCCUCCCGUAGCCACGUCCUCCGUCAUGUCCUGACCUGAACAGUGCGCCAUGCAAAGCACAUCUCUCGUCUCUCAGCUACGGUCUUGCCUGAAAUUUGCACAAAAAUAAACGCUGCUGAGUGAA